GGCCCCACCUUCCGAGAGCUCCGCCCCUCCUGCGGGGUGGACUUCGGUCGGCUCCGCUGGCUCCCCGCCUCCUUGCUGGACCCACGGGGACGCUGCGGGAUUUGGCACCAUGUCUGUUUCGAGGCUGGUUCGGUUGCUCGGCUGCGUUCCGGCCACCGCGUGGAGAGCGACAAGAUCACCCCUCUCAUGUCAUUCUGUGAGGAAAAUGAGUUCUCAAGGAGAAAAAUCCAAACCUAUCAAACAAUCUCUUAAGAAGCCAAAGUUACCAGAAGGUCGUUUUGAUGCACCAGAAGAUUCUAAUUUAGAGAAAGAACCACUGACAAAAUUCCCAGAUGAUAUUAAUCCUGUUACCAAAGAAAAAGGUGGACCCAGAGGCCCAGAACCUACCCGAUACGGAGAUUGGGAACGAAAAGGACGCUGUAUUGAUUUUUAAGACACAUAUAUUACUAACUUCACUAUCUUUUUCUGAAUAUGUAGAUCCGAAUUUAUUUCCACUUGUUUGCUUUCUGUAUGUCCUUUAAAUCAUUUAGUUUCUAUAAUGUGUUUAAAAACAUAAAUAAUGCCUUGAAAGAAAAUAUGCUGCUAUAAAGUAAAGAAGGGUAAUUAAAAAAAAAAAAGUAAGAAAGGGGAAAUAGUUCUGUAUUAGCACAUUGUUACUUUAAGUAAAUUGGAAUAUAUAAAUGAUGGUUAGAGCUGCAAACUCAUUUCAUCACAUUUCAGUUUUAUCAGCUGCUUACAAAAUGCAAAUGUAAAUAAAACAAGUUUUAAU